AUGGAGGACUCUUCGGAGCCUUUCUCGCCGCCCGGGUUGCCGGUCAACGGCGCCAGUAUGCCAACAUCCAGGCACAAUGGAGCGACACAAGCUCUUUCUCCCGGCAACUCUGCUACACUGCCGCAAACCCCGUCAGCCCCAACCAGCAGAGGAACUUCCAUUUUGCAGGAGGCGCCGGCUGGGCUUAGAGGUGAACCGGGUCUUGUGACGCGAGUGAAUGCCGCGCAAACGAUGGACCCGACAACGGCGAAUGCGGACGAUUCGGAGACCGUGCUUUCUGCCAUGGCCACACUCUUUGAAUCUCUUAACGAGGUUCACCUUGAAGGCGAAGCAGAGCCGUGGAAACCUUCCAUCAAAGCCGGAGAUGGAUUCAAAGCGUGCAAGCAAUUCCUAUGUGCACUGUCGGCCGCUGCAGACGCACUGCAAAUCCGACCCCAAAGCCGCGAAUACCGCCACCAAUUCACGAAGAACUAUCGUGCGCUGUUUCCCGACCAACGGCGCCACUACAGAGUAGAUGUCCUGGAGGCAUCGCAGGAAGGGUACACAUUGAUCUAUGUAAACGGCGAGAGGUUCGACUUCCACUCGUCCGUCAUCGAGAGCGGCGUUAAUUUCAAGCUGGCGUGGAUUAAUACCAUAGAGAAGCUCCACCAGCUCCAGCGCCAGGAUUUGGUCACCUACCAGUACUGGCGUUCAGAGCUGGUCCCCGUUUUGGUGGACUUAGAUUGCAAAUGGGCAGAUUUCGAGCAGGAGUACAUUCUCGAGCUCAUUCAGAUCGAGAGGAAGGCGCGUCGCUACGUCAUGGACGUGAUAUCGCUCGAAAACCAGCUGAUUUACCUCGACAGCUCCGUCGCGACCCUCGUCGCCAAAGGAGACGCAAGCGUGCAAACUGCUCACCUUCAUAUUUGGCAGCAGUGGCAGUCGUGUCGGCGGGAAUAUGUCAAGAAAAUGUUUAGGUUGAACUCGAUCGCAAACUACCGCAGAAAAGGCCGAGGGGACCUUGACCUGAGUGUCCUCGAGACGGCCGAAAACAUCAUCAAAACGAGCGAGUCUCAGCCUGGACAUGUGUACGAGUGCGUGUCGAGCAUCGCCGGCUCCUGCGUGGCAAGCUUCAACGACUUCCGAAACGUCCUACGCCUUGGCGUGUCUCGCCCUCAAAUUCCUCCUGUCCACGUGUUGCCUGACCGCGAGUGGAUUGUCGGAAAUUCUGUCUCUCCUGUCUCGACCCUUAGGCACAUCACUGAGCUGGCGCAGACUCCCGAGAGAAUUGAUCCACACCUUUGCAACAACGUGGCCCUCGUCAAUCACCUUGUUCGCGUCGAGGAGACCUGGGAGCUGGCCCAGAAGUAUUUGAUGGAUGCCCAGCGCCUUCGGAAUGUGAUCCACAUUGUUGACUUCAUUGUUGCGGUCGUGAAGACCCAGAAGGCCAUUCUCGCGAUUCUGAACCCGAGCUCGUCCUCGAGUCCAAAUGCAGGAGGCUCGUCUGGCGCAGAGAGUUCGAAGCCUUGCAAAGACUCCAACCAAACGGUUGCGGGCGCAAGUCCCUUCCCGGGCGCAGGCGGCCCCAACCUGGCUUUGCCAGCGAGAGGCAACGAACAAGGAACGGAGGAGGGUGCUCGCAGCGCUUCGCUCGGCUACACAGAUUCCCUCUCGAACGGAAAACAGGUGGGCUCCCCGGAAGCGAAACCCGCAUCUGUCCAAGACAGUCCCCUGGGCGGCGGACCAGCCUCUUGCUCCUCUAUCAGGGCGACAAAUCUUUCUCGACAUCGGACCAGCAGCUCGCACGGAGCCGACAAACGGGAGACACUCGAGGAAAAACUGAUCGCUUGCGACGUCGAAGCUUUUCUUGCACUCCCUCGCUUCGUUUGCUUGUACUACCUCCUGGAUCCAAUCCACCGGUCUCAGAUUCUUCAGCAGUUUCUUCCUCACUACUUCGUCGAGUCUACGUCCACUGCAGAUCCGAUGUCUGACAUUCCGGACGACUCCUGCGGGCAAAAGCCCGUUCAACUGUCUGACUGUGUCUCUUCGCUCACGAAGUUCACCUCUUCUCUGUCCGCUCUGCAAACACCGGCGCCAGACUGCGGCAACGCACGGCUGCUACACGGCACCGAAAACUCGUCUGCUUCUUCGGCCUCGUCUUCCCAAAGUAAUAUCUCUGUCUGUCCACCACCUGACCAGCGACAUUCGACAACUCCCCCCGACACCGACGGUCCUGAGGCCGCUGGCGUUGCGGCGCUGCAACGCCACGGAAGUGCUUCGAUGGAGGACAACGAAGACUGCCCAAUGGACGCCCAAGGCGGCGAAAUGAACCAUCCGACGGGAAUGGAAACUCGCGAAGACUUUCGUUUCCUGAGCUCUUUCUCUGGAGAUGCCACAACCACGCGCGCCCCGUCGCGAUUCAGUUCCCAGCUGGGAGAAGAAAGCUCUUCAUUUUCUUCCUCGUCGUCUGCCUUUCCUUCUGCCCCUCCUGCCUCGUCUUCCACUGAGUGGCCUACGAUGCCUGUCAAACCUUCUCCGGGCGUCUCUCCCGACAUUGCAGGUGCUGUCCAUUCACCCCCCAUGGAGACAGAGUCGGACGUGUCUACCAUGUGCGGCUCCAUACUUCGGGAUAGUGUCAGCAGCACUUCUGCUCUUCAACAGAGUGCACGAGAGAUCCGACUGGGCGCCGGCGUCCGAGAGACUGAAGACGAGAACGUCGACCUCUCUGCAACUCGAGGGCCAGCAACUGAAGAGAGGGGUGCUGUAUCUAGCCACCUUUGCGCCUCUGACCACGAUCCCGCAAGGUCCCCUUCCCCCCGCGCGUCAAGCCUAGGAAAUGCCACGGGGGUGGGAGUUUUCCAGCAGAGGAAAGGCCAAAGAGUUUUCUUCUGCAACUCCCAGACGAGCGGAUACGCUCAGGGAGCCUGCGCUCCUCUCUCGCUAGGUAAUGGCCAGCUUGACGGGGCGCAGACGUGGAUUCAGCAGCAAAGCCUGAAGACCCGGUACAUCCUCUCGAAAGUCCCUCCGGGGCUGCGAAAAAUGGUGAAGACCUGGCUGGUUUUGCAGUCCUGGCUCAGAUCAGAAGGCCUUGAGGACUGCAAGGAAGCAUGGCUCUGUGUCAUAGCCAGACUCGCUGACAGCGACGACUUCAAACUUCUUCUCCAGAAAUGGACAGGAGCAAAUCUGUGGAAGAAAUUUCCAUGGCCCUCCAACGUUCCUCUCCCCAGGACUGGAACGAAUUCCUUCAAGCGAUCAUUCAAGGCAUCGAGCGAGAUUCCCCUCAGCGCAGAAGCGUUUGCUGAAGGCGAGGCAGAACAGACGAUGAACGCUCGAGAAGUUUCUCCGACAAAAUGGAUGUUUCGCCUAACCAGAAAAAGAAUAGCGCUGCAGGGACUCGUCAAGCGGCUGCGUCCGUGA